CCCCACCUGGCAAUUUCCGAGCAGUCGCUCUUUUUCUUCUGCUCCUCCUCCUCUUCCUCCUUCCUCUUCUGUCGGUUCGUUGUUCUGCGCUCUCGCACACAGCUUGAUCUUUCAUGGCCUCUUCAAGCUCUGGAAUCUCAGUGCCUGCACCAGAGGCCGUUCAGGUCCUGAUAUUGUCCCUUGCCGAUGAAUCUCAUAUGGUUAGAGAAUCAUCCACGGCCGCACUCAAGGACAUCGCCGCUCUGAACCCUCUUCUGGUUCUUGACUGCUGUUCUGCGGUUUCACGGGGAGGACGUCGGCGUUUUGGGAAUAUGGCUGGGUUGUUUCAAGUGAUGGCAUUUGGUGUGCGAGCCUUGGACAAAAGAGAUGCAGAAUCUUCUUUCAUGACAAAGCUCGCUAGAAUUGCAACUGCGGAGAUUAUCUCUUCUAAGGAAUUGAAUGCAGACUGGCAAAGGGCUGCAGCAGGUUUACUUGUAUCAAUAGGCUCACAUUUGCCUGACCUAAUGAUGGAAGAAAUAUUUCUUCAUUUGUUGGGGCCGAGUUCAGCUCUACCAGCUAUGGUUCAAAUACUUGCAGACUUUGCUUCUGCUGAUGCUUUGCAGUUUACUCCACGACUGAAAGGUGUCCUUUCACGAGUUCUGCCUAUUCUUGGAAAUGUGAGGGAUGUCCACCGGCCUAUUUUUGCAAAUGCAUUUAAAUGUUGGUGUCAGGCUGCAUGGCAGUAUGGUGUGGAUUUUCCUUCGCAUUCACUUCUUGAUGGUGACAUCAUGUCAUUUCUGAAUUCUGCUUUUGAGCUUUUAUUGAGAGUUUGGGCAACUUCACGAGAUACAAAGGUGCGCACGUCCUCUGUGGAAGCAUUGGGUCAGAUGGUUGGUCUUAUUACCCGAACACAAUUAAAGACGGCUUUACCAAGACUUGUUCCAACUAUAUUGGAAUUGUAUAAAAAAGAUCAGGAGAUAGCCUUACUGGCGACAUGUAGCCUCCACAAUCUCCUUAAUGCCUCAUUACUAUCAGAAAGUGGGCCUCCUUUGCUUGAUUUUGAGGAUCUCACAGUAAUACUAUCAACAUUACUCCCAGUGGUUUGCAUCAAUAAUGACAUUAAGGAUCGAUCAAGUUUUUCUGUGGGACUGAAGACGUACAAUGAAGUUCAGCAUUGCUUUCUGACUGUUGGAGCAGUGUACCAUGAGGAUUUAUUUAUGUUCCUUCUGAAUAAAUGCAGAUUGAAGGAAGACCCUUUAACUUUUGGUGCACUUUGUGUCCUAAAGCAUCUAGUACCCAGACUGUCUGAAGCUUGGUACAGCAAAAGGCCUUUACUAGUUGAAGCUAUAAAGCUAUUGCUUGAUGAGCAAAGUUUGGGAGUCUGUAUGGCGCUUUCAGAGUUAAUUGUCGUUAUGGCUUCCCAUUGUUACUUGGUUGGUCCUUCUGGGGAGCUGUUUGUAGAGUAUCUUGUACGCCAUUGUUCUGUAUCGGAUCAGGAUAGAGAUGAUUUUGGGACUUCUAAGGAAUUCUUAAGGUCGAGUGGCAGUUAUUAUUCUUUCCAGCACAAGAGACUGGAGGCAAAGACAGGGGCAGUUUGCCCGAAAGAGUUGAGAGCGAUAUGUGAAAAAGGUUUUCUUUUGUUAACCAUUACCAUUCCUGAAAUGGAGCAUAUUCUUUGGCCUUUUUUGUUGAAGAUGAUUAUUCCCCAGGCCUAUACUGGUGCAGCUGCUACGGUUUGCAAAUGCAUAUCAGAAUUAUGCAGACGCAAAUAUUCUUCCGGAAAUUUGAUGCUUUCAGAGUGUAAAACUCGUGCUGACCUUCCUAAUCCUGAGGAGUUGCUUGCUCGUUUGGUGGUGCUUUUGCAUGAUCCUUUGGCAAGGGAGCAGCUGGCAACUCAGAUUUUGAAUGUCCUAUGUUGUUUGGCACCUCUUUUUCCGAAGAAUGCCAGCUUGUUCUGGCAAGAUGAGAUUCCGAAAUUGAAGGCAUAUAUUAGUGACACAGAAGACCUGAAGCAGGAUCCUUCAUAUCAAGAGACUUGGGAUGACAUGAUAAUCAAUUUUCUUGCAGAAUCUUUGGAUGUGAUUCAGGAUCCUGAUUGGGUGAUUUCUUUGGGAAAUGCUUUUACGGAACAAUAUGAGCUUUAUACGCCCGAUGAUGAACAUUCUGCCCUACUUCACCGGUGCUUAGGCAUCCUUCUUCAGAAAGUUGAUGAUAGGGCUUAUGUUUGUGAGAAGAUUGAUUGGAUGUAUAAAAAAGCUAAUAUCUCGUAUCCAGGAAACAGGAUUGGUUUGGCAAAAGCCAUGGGAUUGGUUGCUGCAUCCCACUUAGAUACUGUUUUGGAAAAGCUAAAAGACAUUCUCGAUAAUGUUGGCCAAACUAUCUUUCAAAGAAUUCUAUCAUUUUUUUCUGAUAAAGCUAGAAUGGAAGAUUCUGAUGACAUACAUGCUGCUUUGGCUCUAAUGUAUGGAUAUGCUGCAAGAUAUGCUCCAUCAACGGUUAUUGAAGCCAGAAUAGAUGCACUUGUGGGAACUAAUAUGCUAUCACGGCUUCUUCAUGUUCGCCACCCUACAGCAAAGCAGGCUGUUAUCACUGCAAUUGACUUACUAGGUUGUGCUGUCAUCAAUGCAGCAGAGAGUGGUAUAUCAUUCCCACUGAAAAGAAGAGAUCAAUUGCUUGAUUAUAUAUUGACCUUGAUGGGCCGAGAUGACAAUGACGACUUUAGUGAUUCUAAUCUUGAGUUUCUGCACACGCAGGCCCUUGCUUUAAGUGCAUGCACUACUUUGGUUUCUGUGGAGCCAAGGCUUACCACUGACACCAGAAAUCUUGUUAUGAAGGCAACUUUAGGAUUUUUUGCUUUACCAAAUGAUCCAUUAGAUGCUGUCAAUCCUCUUAUGGACAACCUCAUCACUCUUUUAUGUGCAAUUCUUCACACAAGUGGAGAGGAUGGAAGAAGCCGAACAGAGCAGCUGUUGCAUAUUUUGAGACAAAUUGAUCAAUAUGUUACCUCAACUGUGGAGUAUCAGAGGAAAAGAGGUUGUCUUGCUGUCUAUGAGAUGCUUGUCAAGUUUCGAACACUUUGUGCUGCAGGAUAUUGUACACUUGGUUGCCAUGGAAGUUGCACACAUAGCAAGCAAAUCGAUCGUGCUCUGCAUGGAAAUUUUUCCAACUUACCCUCUGCAAUUCUGUUGCCAAGUCGUGACGCCUUAUGUUUGGGAGAGAGGGUCAUAAUAUAUCUACCACGUUGUGCAGAUGCUAAUGCUGAAGUUAGAAAAGUUUCAGCCCAGAUUCUGGAUCUGUUCUUCAGCAUAUCCCUUUCAAUUGCAAGGCCUGUUGGUUCAACUUAUGGUAUAGAUAUAGAAUUGUCCUAUAGUGCUUUGUCCUCCCUUGAGGAUGUCAUAGCCAUUUUGAAAAGUGAUGCGUCGAUUGAUCCAUCAGAGGUUUUUAAUAGGAUUGUUUCUUCCGUUUGUAUAUUAUUGACAAAGGAUGAGCUUGUUGCCACCCUGCAUAGUUGCUCAGCAGCUAUUUGUGAUAAGAUCAAGCAAUCUGCAGAAGGUGCUGUUCAGGCAGUUAUUGAAUUCAUAACAAAGAGGAGGACUGAGCUGACUGAAGCUGACAUUUCUAGGACGGCCCAAUCUCUGCUUUCUGCUGCAGGUCAUGUAACAGAGAAGCAUUUACGUCAAGAAACCCUUGGUGCUAUAUCUUCCCUUGCUGAGAACACUAGUUCAAAAGUUGUGUUCAAUGAAGUAUUGGUUGCAGCAGGAAGGGAUAUAUUCACAAAAGAUAUUUCUAGAUUGCGUGGAGGCUGGCCAUUGCAGGAUGCAUUCUAUGCAUUUUCCCAGCAUACUGUACUAUGCCUUUCAUUCUUGGAGUAUGUCAUAUCUGUCCUUAACCAGACACAUAUCCUUAAAGGUGAUCCCGAGAAAGGAGACUGUUCUAAUCAUUUCAGUGAUAGCUACAGCAAAGAUGAAAUCUUGCAAGCCGCUAUUCUUUCUCUUACUGCCUUUUUCAGAGGUGGGGGUAAAAUUGGGAGGAAAGCUGUAGAACAAUGUUAUGGUUCUGUUCUUACUGAACUUUUACUUCAAUUCGGAAGUUGUCAUGGACUAGCUAGUUCUGGUCAGCAGGAACCAUUAUGGGCUCUUUUAACUGCCUUUCAGGCAUUCUGUGAAUGUGUUGGGGAUCUUGAAAUGGGAAAGAUUUUGGCAAGAGAUGGAGAGCGAAAGGAAAAUGACAAGUGGAUUGAUCUUAUUGGAGAUUUAGCUGGCUGCAUUUCAAUAAAGAGACCGAAAGAGGUUCCAACUAUUUGUUUAAUUUUGAGUAAAUCCUUAAACCGACACCAAAGAUUUCAAAGGGAAGCUGCAGCUGCGGCAUUGUCAGAGUUUAUCCACUAUUGUGAUGAAUUUGGUUCCUUAUUGGAGCAGAUGGUUGAAGCAUUGUGUCAACAUGUAUCAGAUGAGUCUCCUACUGUUAGACGGCUUUGUCUUAGAGGGCUAGUACAGAUACCAUCUAUUCAUAUUAAUAUGUAUAUUUCUCAAGUUCUUGGGGUGAUAUUAGCUUUGCUUGAGGAUUCAAAUGAUUCAGUUCAGCAGACUGCAGUAUCAUGCUUACUUACGGUUCUUAAAUUAUCGUCGAAUGAUGCAGUGGAACCCUUUUUACUCAAUCUUUCUAUACGGCUCCGCAAUCUUCAAGUAUGUAUGAACACAAUGAUGCGAGCCAAUGCCUUUGCAGCAUUUGGAGCACUUAGCAAUUAUGGAAUUGGGGCACAACGUGAGGCUUUCAUUGAGCAGGUGCAUGCUGCUAUCCCACGAGUGGUUCUUCAUCUUCAUGAUGAUGAUCUUGACGUUAGAGAGGCUUGUCGGGGCACACUCACUCAGAUUGUCUCCUUAAUGGAAUUGGAAGGCAUGUUUGCUUUGUUCAACACACAUCGUUUUAAUUCCGAUCAUCGAAGUGACUAUGAGGAUUUUGUUAGAGAACUAACUAGGCAAUUCUCUCAACAAUUGGCCUCUAGGCUUGGUACAUAUAUGGCAUCAACAAUACAGGCAUUUGAUGCUCCUUGGCCAAUAAUUCAGGCAAAUGCCAUUUACUUCUCCAGCUGCAUACUGUCUCUUUCAGAUGAUCAGCACUUUCUAGCUGUCUAUUAUACACAGAUGUUUGGAUUGCUGGUGAACAAAAUGAGUCGGUCAGCAGAUGCAAUUGUCAGAGCAACUUCCUCAUCAGCACUAGGUUUGUUAUUGAAGUCCACUACUUCACUGUUAUGGACAGCUGCCCGGCUUGAUCGAGUGGACUCCGUUCGGAAGGGACCAUGAUUCUGAGUCUGCAGGGAACAAUUGAGCAAAAGAAAAUUUGUGUAAUUUGUGCAAAUUCUACUGACGCAAUGUAAAGUGGAUUGAGUUGACAAGUCAGGGAGCACAGGUCGGUGUAAAGAAAAGUUGCAAUUCAUGGGGGAAGGUGGGUUGCUGCGUCAACUAACCAAAGGCGGAUCUUGGUGCUGUGCCUAAUGUCAUUUUUGUACAGUUCCCUACAAAUGUAAUUAGAAACAGGGUAAAUAUUUGAAUCUGUCUUAGCUGUAACUGCUUGUUGUUUUUGAAUAGUUGUUGAAUGUGCUUUUAAACAUAGACAUUUAAAUUUUGUAAUCAUAGUUGUGUACCGAUAUUGGUAGCAGCAGUUUUAGGUUUUGUUUGCGGUUCGUGUCAACCGUGUUGUAAACUAGGUUGCGAUGUACAUGUAAUUGUUUGUGGGAAGUGAAGCUUUAUAUUGGCAAAUAAUUUUGGGAGUA